AUGCAACGCCGCAGCCUAAGCGACGAGGAGGACAGCGAUUCGGAAUACCAUGAUGACCAGGAUGAGUUCGACGAUGUCGACGACACCGAAGGUCAAACCAAUGAAGCGAGUAUACAAAGGUUCAUGGAAACCAUCAAAAAAGACUGUGAAACCUUGGAGAGUCACCUUGCAAAUGAACCGGACAAGAUAUUCGGCGCUUACCAACUCGACUCCAAGUCCGAAAUAAACAGCAAGACAGUGCUGCACUGCAUAGUCGAAGAGUUCCCCAAGCUCAUAAGGGUUCAGAAGGCCGCCGCGCACAGGCGCGCCUUGCUACAGGCCGUCAAGACCAUCACGGCGCGGUAUCCGCACCUCCUCACGAUAACCGCCGACGGCAUCACGCCGUUGUACAGCGCCAUCCAGUGCUGCGCCUCGAUCAACGACAACCGCCUCGCUAUCAACAUGAUCCGGAACUGCAAGAGGCCCAAGGACGCCGCGGCGGCCAAGUCGGCGGCCGCGGGCGACGGCGGAGACGACGACGCGGCCAGCAACGCCGACGAGGCAUCGCACCCGCUCACCGAGGCGCUAGCCGUGGAGUGCACGUCCGUCAGCAACAACCGCUCCGAAACAGUGCUUCACCUGGCGAUGCGCAACCACGCCGUCUUCGCUUCCAACAUGAAGUUCCUCAAGCGGCUGGCGAGCCGCGCCAGCGAGGCAGCCGCAGUCUCGCGGGAUAGGGGCAGGUUUACGCCGCUACACUACGCCGUCGACUAUAAAUGGAGCUCGCAGGAGCAAUACGAGAUCGUCGAACUGCUGCUGGCCGCGGGCGAGUCCCCGACGCUCAUCGCGGAGGAAAAGGCCGUCCUCGACCUCCGCUCGAAGAAGGACGACACGUCGGUCUACGAAUACCAUCGCUGGACGCGCGAGGGGUACAAAGAGCCCCCGCCGCAACCCCCGAAGGUAAGCGCAUCGGCUCCCCGGCCAAAGGCGCAGCCGCCAACGACCGGGCGAACUGGCGCGGAUGGUUCCAACAUCGUUCGUAACCCCAUGGACGGCAACAAGGAAAGAGAAAAGGAGCUCAACGGCCCUCCACGAGAACGGGGACCGAUCUUCAUCCGGGAAAGGGAGCGGAAAGUCAGAGGCCCAGAUACGGGUCGGAACCACAGACGCGGACCGCCGCCUGACUCGAGAAAAGAAGGCCCCGGUGGCAAAGAAGGCCCUGGUGGGAAAGAAGGGCCCGGAGGUAAGGAGGGUUCGGGAGGCAAGGAAGGACCCAGCAGAUCCAAAGAAGCGCCGAGUGCCAAGGAGGCCCCAGGGCGUGGUCGGGAUCCGUUGCUGACGAUCCGCAUCCUAGGCCGAGACGGCAGCGAGCGACCAAACGGGAGAGGCGACAGCCAGAACCUCAACUCGCCCGUAGGACACGGGCUGCAGAGAGCUCCGACGGAAGGCCAUCGGGUCGCAGAAAGAGAGAGGCAGGGAGCGGCGAAGGAUAAGAAAAAGGCCCAGGAGGAGACUCCGGAGAACCGGAAGAAGAUACGCGACGAGUGGUCCGAUAAAAUUCAAAUGCUGCUGAAGAUGCAAUGCCUCCGGACCCGGUCCCACGAGGCAUCCACGCGGUUCCUAUACGGCGAUAACCCGAAGGACAUUCAAACCUGGUUUGAUUACCAGGGAGUUACGGCGGAGCUCGACGCCGACGUCUUCGAGGAUUGUUUCAAGAACGUCGAAUUCGACACGGUGCUCAAAUACGUGGCUUUCCCACCAGUACGAGUGCUAAACUGGGACAAGAAGGGAGAGAAGCUCCUUCCUCGCGCCGGGAGACGCGGGCGGUUGGAUAUGCUCUUCUUCUUCGACUGGCUGAGAAACAAGAAGAAGGUGGAGCGCAUCCUCAAGGUCAUCGUCGACGACUCGUCGCAGGAGCCUCAUUCGGAUGCGGCCAUAGAGAAGGUGCUCGAGGGCUUCGGGGUCGAGUCUCUCGACUGGUCGAAGCUGGACCUGGACCCUGAGACGCUGUACAACGCGACGCUCACCAAGACAAGUCCGGAGCUUCCUCCCACCUCGCAGCUGUCCGAAGUCAUGCUGCGAUGGAGUGGGAACAACGCAGUCCUGCGCGCUUGGGGCGAGCCGGAAGGGCUCCGACGGCUGCCGAAGCUGAAGAAGCGAAAGACACAAACACUAGAGUCUAUGGGCCGUAUCAAGACCAACAUCGCCAAGUUCAGGGAACGCCUGAAAGAGGGAUGUCCGCAAUACGUCCAGAAAUACAUUGAAUCUCAACCAAAGCAGCAGAACAAGCCAGUGAUACCAAUGGGGCCGCCGCCUCCGCCGGGACAGGCUGAGCUGUCUCUAUGUCCGGAACCAGUGCAGCUCGUCCCCUCCGUCGAUUUGAUCUGGGUGAAGAAUGCAUACGGGCUUCGGCAGGCUAACAACUCGCUCAGCGCGUCGGCUCCCAGCGGUGAGCGCAAUAUGAUCUCGACGGCGCCGCAUCGCUGGCUAGAAUCCACCGACGCCUUCGCCGACCACAUUGAGAACAUCUGGAAGGAUAGUAUCCGAGAGGCCAAGAAGCGGCCUUCACGCAAGACGGCCGGCGGCGACAAUGUCUCGGGCACGCCGGUGGCCAACACUUCGGCACCGCUCAAGAGCCAGCACGGGUCAGAAGAGGACAUCAUCGUCGCGCUCAUCGACGACGGCGUCGACAUGAUGGAGGAACAGCUGGUGGAUCGGGUUCUCACCGGACGCACGUUCUGUUUCCAGGACGGCCGCAACAUGCCGUGGCACGCCUCCGAAACGGGCCACGGCACCGUCAUGGCGAGCAUGAUCGCGCGCGUGUGCCCAAUGGCCAAGAUCUACCCGAUCCGACUUAACACGGGAGCGAAGCUGACGGCGGGGGCGGGGGCCAUGAUCAACCCCGAAUACGCGGCCAAGGCGAUCCGAGCGGCGGUCAAUCGCGGGGCGUCCAUCAUCUCCAUGUCGUGGUCGGUGACGCGGCCGGCCAACGACCUGCGCGAGCUGCUCGACGGGGCGCUGCAGUACGCGCUCAACAACAACGUGCUGCUCUUCUGCUCGAGCCGCGACACGGGCCAUAACAGCGACAUCAACUACUACCCGGCGGCGUACCGGCGCGACGCGGUGAUCAAGAUCGGGGCGGCGCAGCCGACGGGCCUGCCGUAUGAGUGGGCGGGCUCGCUCGCGAACCUGGACUUCAUCCUGCCCGGGGUCGAGGUCGUGCAGCGGCACGGGUUCCGCAGCCCCGGUGGCGUUCAGAAGCUGCCGCCGGAGUCCGGGUCUUCUGUGGCGACGGCGCUCGCGGCCGGGCUAGCGGCGCUCAUCAUGCACUGCGCGCGCAUCAACCAGAUGUUCGGGUCCGGGGUGCGGCUCGGCGACGAGGACAUUCUCAAGCUGCGGCGGGCCGAGACCAUGGUGCAGACGAUCCAGAACUUUGGCAUGAGCACGUCGGACCCGACCAAGAACAAGUUCGUCGAGGUCUGGCGGAAGCUCGACGACAAGAGCCAGAAGAUUGCCAGGGCAAGCUCAAGGGAGAAGCGCGAGAUUGUGGCCCAGCUGGCGCGAGACCUGAUGUCGCCGUCGGCGAGUUGA